AUGGGUUUGCUAACUUCGGUAAUUGGUGUGGGGUUUUUGCUGACGGUGAUUAAAGGAGAAGUAACGACGGAUGUUCGUUUAUUCGGCGGACGGACACCUUUCAGCGGUCGCCUAGAGGUCAAACACGAUGGUGAUUGGGGAACGGUCUGUAAUGAUGGAUUCAACAACGCAAGCGCCGAGGUCGUCUGCAGAAUGAUGGGGUUUUCUGACGUCAGUCAUGCGCUGUUUAUUCUGCCAUCGGUGUACGGCUCUGGGACGGGAACGAUUUGGCUUGAUGACAUCAAGUGCGCUGGAAAUGAAACCGACAUUGCCGACUGCCAACACAGCGGAUGGGGAAAUAGUAACUGCAACCACGGAGAAGACAUAGCAGUUGAUUGUCAAACACCCACGCGCCUUUCUGGUGGAAAUGCACACAGAGGUCGAGUAGAAUUACAAAAAGGUGGAGGAUGGAACUCACUUUGUAACAACAACUUUGGAAUAGCUGAGGCCAAAGUUGUCUGCGCAAUGCUUGGCUUCAGUGCUAGUGGUGCAGAGUUGUAUACUUCGAGUUCAUCACAGUCCAUGUUUUCGACAACAUUGUACAUGUUUUCGACAACAUCGUACGAGUGCAAAGGCGAUGAGCAAGACUUGAGCAUGUGUACUAUCGUCGAAAGUAAUUGUUCGUCCAGAAUCUCAGCUGGCAUCAAUUGCAAAACGCCUAUACGCCUUGUCAACGGCACCGGUCCACAGUCGGGCAGGGUAGAACUCAAAUACAGAGGACAUUGGGGAACGAUCUGUGACGACAAUUUUGACAACAAUGAGGCCAAAGUGAUAUGCAACAUGCUUGGAUUUAGCGAGAAAAACGCCAAAGCGCAUAUUGGUGCCUUUUACGGCGAAGGUCAAGGCGAUAUCAUAGUGGACGAGCUGCGUUGCAAUGGAGGUGAAGAAGAUAUUUCAGAAUGCAAAUCAAGCGAUUGGCUCUCACAAACGAACUGCAAUCACAACGAGGAUGCUGCUGUAGAAUGUUUCUCGGAACUACGUCUUCAGGGUGGUCCUGCUGAUUUUGUAGGUCGUCUUGAAAUCCUAAAUGGUACUAGUUGGGAAUCGUUGUGCUCCAAAUUUGUUGAUAAUCGUACAGCUUUAGUGGUUUGCAACUCUCUUGGAUUUGAACGAGGAAAUAUCUCAGUUUACACCGAUGGACGAUAUGGGUUUGGAGCACGAAAGCAAUCUGGUUAUCAAUGCGUUGGAAAUGAAACCGACAUCGCAAACUGCAAAUAUACCGAGGUUACCGAUUCCUGCAUAUCUGAUGUUGGAAUUAAUUGCUUUUCAAGAUCUCCAGUCCGUGUAAAAGGAGGCCCAACUUUCAUGUCUGGCUAUGUUGAAGUGUACCUGGAUGGCAAAUGGAAUGGUAUCAGCAAAAACAACUUCAGUACAGAGGAUGCUAUGGUUCUCUGCACAAGUCUUGGAUUCCCUACUGAAAACCCAUCAUUUCGUCAAGCUUAUGGUCGGUAUUCAUUCGUUAAUCCCGGAAGAUGCAUUGGUAGUCUCGGUUGCCAUGGAAAUGAAACAGACAUUACAGAGUGCAUUCCCAAUAGCCGAAAGUGGUAUUCAGGAAGUUGCCCUAACUCUUAUUACGUCGGAAUCAACUGUGGAAGAAACACUACGUAUCGCUUGACCGAUGGCAAUUCUAUCAAGUCUGGACGAGUAGAGGCUCUGUACAAUGGCACAUGGCUUGGAAUAUACACGAAUACAAAUUUUACAACGUUUGAGGCAAACAUGAUAUGCAAUAAAAUCGGUUUUAAUCAAAGUGGAUACGUAUUGUCACCGAUCCCAUUCAAGACAACACCAGUUAUUUCUAACCUUAGAUGUUAUGAAAAUGAGACAGUCUUCUCUGACUGCAAUUCCAACAGUACUGUUCGUUUGGUGAACGGGACAAGUGAACGAUCCGGACGUGUUGAAGUUCUUCACCAGGGGGAAUGGGGAACUAUAUGUGCGGAUGAUUUCGACAAUGAUGCUGCCGAUGUUGUGUGCCGGAAAGCCGGAAUACGUUUAUGGAACGCAUCAGUUUUGACUGACUCAUCGUUUGGGAAGGGAAAUUUGUCCACCAUUAUCAAUAACACUUCUUGCAUGGGAGGAGAGUGGGAUUUGUCAGCUUGUACAACAUCACCUUGGCACGAAACUAAGUGCAACGGCAUGGAAGUGGCUACGGUGCAAUGUGGAGUUUUAUAUUCACCUAUCCGUCUUGUUGGCGGCAAAACUGAUUAUGACGGUGAAGUCCAGAUACAUUUCCAGAACACCUGGAGUAAAAUCCGUUCGUUUUCCAGCAAAACAAAUGUCGACCUUAUAUGCUCACUUCUCCGAUAUAAUUUUUCCAGUGAAGCAUCGUUUUCAACGAAGUCUUAUUACUAUUCAACAACGUCCUAUCUACUGUACAAUCUAACGUAAUGUAACGGCAACGAGACAGCCAUUUCACUUUGUCCAUCUUCUGACUGGGGCAAUCACAUAUAUAGCGGAUGGUAUUCGGCUGUAGUAAACUGCUUAUCUCCAAUUGAGCUGAAAGGUGGUCUCACAUCAUACAUGGGAUAUGUUAAACUAAGAAACAAUGGAACAGACGGUUACCUUUGUGCUGAAGAUCUUACACCUGAAAACGAAGUUGUCAUGUGCAACAUGCUUUCUUUCUCAUAUGCAUUGAAACACGUGAUCUCGGGUAUAGAUAUUUUCAAGCCAUCCUUUUCAACUCCUGUUUAUGUCAAAAGCAUGACUUGCGACGGCGGUGAAAAAGAUUACCAAUUGUGCAAGUCAGCGGAAUUGAAGUCGGAGAGUUCCUGUGCUAGUGGAAAAUAUGCCUUUGUCAGAUGCAAUUCUCCAGUACAACUCGUCGAACGAAUUAACAGCUAUACCGGUACCGUCGAAGUACACAAGAAUGGUGCAUGGAACAGAAUUUGCCACAGCGAGAAUCAACCUAUUAAUAUCAACAACGCACACGUACUGUGUUUUAUGAUGGGAUUUAGUAGCAGGUCUGCUAAAGUUUGGAACACGUCGUUAGAUAAAGACCAAACAACGAUAUCCGUGAAUUGUAAUGGAAGGGAAAACGAUGUAACUUCUUGCACCGUGAGCAACUCGACCUGCUCGAAAGUGCUUGCUAUCUCGUGCCCCACGUAUGUGGAGAUAAGGAACGGCCGAACAAGUUACAUGGGGCACAUUAUGGUAGAUAUUGGCCGAUCACAAGACUACGUCUACAGCGUAGAUGCGCCAAGAACCAUAAUGGCUGUGUGCAAGAUGUUGAACAUGAGUUUUACAAGGCAGCUGGAUCGAAUUUAUCAGCUUAAAUGUGAAGGAAAUGAAAGCGACAUUGUUGAAUGUGUUAAUAGCACCACAGAGGACGCAACGUACCGAUAUACAAACUACGGAAUUAAUUGCCAGACGCCGAUUCGAUUAGUUGAUGGUAUUAACCAUAUCCAGGGAACACUGCAAACCAAAAUUAACAACACAUGGUAUCGAGUAUGCUCGGAUGGAUUCGAAGAAAAUGAUGCAAUUGUGAUAUGCCGCAUGUCUGGUCAUUAUCAUGCUAGAAACGCAACAUUUUCCACUAAAGAAAGCAAAGAGUCAUCAAUCCUUGGCAACUGGAAGUGCAAUGGAGAUGAAGUUGACAUAUCUCAAUGUGCUGAUUACAGCGAAUCGGUCGACACAUGUACCUCUCGGAAGAUUAUACAAGUUGACUGCAGAGCGUUGGUGCGUAUUGUUGACGGGCCUUCUCCAACUAAAGGGCGGGUAGAGGUAUUCUACGGUGGUCAUUGGGGACCAGUAUGUAGAAUAAGUGCGUCAUCCAAUGUUGCUAGCGUCAUAUGUCGUUCUGCAGGCUAUAUAUACACGUAUGGCACCGUAAAGAAUGCUCACACAUACUCCAAUAAGACUUAUGACAAUUAUACCAUUACAAAUCUUCGUUGCACGGGCUAUGAAGAUGAACUUACAGAAUGUAAGUCGGACGAAUGGACAGUCGGAUCUUGUGGAUAUAACUACCCCCUAGAAAUUGAAUGCAGAACCACAGUACAAUUAGUAUCCGGCGUAAAUAAAUAUUUUGGACGUGUACGUCUUACCUUCCGUGAUAUAUAUCGAGAAACUUAUGGCAGCCUUUGUGCAAAGGAUUUUGGUUCUGAUGACGCAGAUGCAAUAUGCGGCUUUGUUGGAGCACCAACAAACGGGACCGCUCUCAUUUACACCGAUAACAAAUUUGGAACUCAACUCGGAGGCUAUGUUAUAGAAAACUUGGACUGCAAUGGAAACGAAGAAGACAUUCAGGAAUGCAAUUCCUCACCGUGGUUUUCGAGAGAACAAAAUUGCAGCUCUUUAAACACUUCAGUUUCAAUAAAUUGCAGACCAUAUACACCCAUACGCCUGACUGGAUCAAGCAAUUCAACGGGUACUGUAGAAGCAUUUUAUGAUGGGAGUUGGAGAACAUUCUGCAGUAGUAACUUUGGAUAUAAAGAGGCUGCAGUCAUUUGCAGACGCUUAAACUUCAAAGUCGGAGAACCAGUAAGUUAUUAUGGCCGUGGCUUCCUUUACAAUCUUCAAUGUACGGGAACGGAAACGGAUAUAACAGAAUGCGGUAAUCCUAAUCAUUGGGAUAAUGGAUAUUGGUAUUGUAAUUCGGGCAGUGAUAGGAAGGCUGGUGUUCAAUGCAGCAAUGACCGCGUUCGUCUUCAGAAUGGUAUCAACAAGUACCAAGGACGAGUAGAAUUUCUGUAUUACGGAGUGUGGGGUACUGUUUGUAGCCAGCAUUUCGACAAAUACGACGCUCAAGUGAUCUGCCGAUUGGCUCAUGUACCAGGAAAUCAAACUGCAACAAUAUAUGAGCAGUCUAGAUAUGGUUCUGGGUCCGGAUCGUUGAUCGUCGAAGAUUUAAAAUGUAACGGGACUGAAGAUGAUUUGGAUGAAUGUGACUCGUUUCCUUGGUCAGAAGAAUCGGCUCAACCGCCAUGCAAUAUCCAUGAUUUUGACGUUGGCGUCAGUUGCCGCCCGAUCACACCAAUACGUUUGGUCAAUGGAACAAAUACGACAAAAUAUUCCGGGAGAGUUGAAAUCGAAUAUGAAGGAAAAUGGGGACCUAUUUGUGACAGGUCUUUCGAUGCAAAUGAUGCAAAGGUUAUUUGCAGAAUGCUUGGUCUGAACACUGAGAGCGCUAGCUAUCACGGUAAUGCAUUUUACGGAACAGGAGAAACCAGGGCUAUUAUUUCUAAUCUCAACUGCCAAGGUCAUGAACAAGAUAUUUCUGAAUGUGGAGCAGGCAAUAAAUGGGCGGAGAUUCACUCAUAUUGCUCGGCCUCAAACAAUCUGGCAGUACAGUGUAAUACACCAGUUCGAGUAAAUAACGCAUGGACGUUGUUUUUGGGUGUGGUUGAGAUUUAUAUUCGAGGGUCUUGGAGAAGGGUUUGUUUAGAUAAUUUCACCAGCAUCGAUGCAACAACAAUCUGCAAUAUUGCUGGACUACGAGAAAAUUAUACCGGGAAUGUGAAUGUCCAUGAUGCCUCCCGGUUUGGGUUUUCGCACUCAUAUACAUCAUUAGGAGGGUUCAACUGCACUGGUGAUGAAGAUGACUUGUUUUUCUGUGGUAAUGGUGAAUGGGUCGAAGAGAAUUUUGAUUGCCCUAGUGGCAUAAACGUCGCCGUAAACUGCAGAGCUGAUACCCCAAUAGCAUUAAAGCGAGACGAGCAUGCCAUGCAUGAUCUUGUAAAAGGAGACCAUGGGUUAGUAGAGAUACAGUACCGAAAAUACCAAGAUGGAAAGAACCAGCCUCAUUGGGGGACGAUAUGUGACGAUAAUUUUGGUGACAACGAUGCGCUUGUAUUGUGCAGCAUGAUGGGAUACGAUUAUGGAACAUUGGAUCGAAAUCCGGACAUCAUGGAAGAUUACAAACCAGGUGAUAUCCUAAUCGAUGAACUAGAAUGCAUUGGUUCUGAAAACGAUGUAUCUGAAUGUCCUGCAAGCCAAUGGUCAACACACGACUGUAACCAUGAUGAAGAUGUGUACAUCAAAUGUGUUAACUCGAGCUACAUAAACCCGUGCUCGAAGGAUGUCUACAAACGAUUGCCAAGUCUUGAGAUGCGAGUGCUCAAUUUUAAAGCAACGGAAAACCCAAUUGAUGACAGUAAAUUGUCACCCGGGUGGUAUUUUGUUGGUAAUAAUACCAUGCUGAAGGAAGAGCCACCGUUCAAUAGAUGUGGAACCCACUUCCCCAUCUUUACACAAGGUGAUCCAAUAUUUAAUGGUGCAGUAAAAGCUAUAGUCAAUGGAUAUCCGAGAGCAGAUUUCAGUGUUAAAGUACAACAAUGUGCGAUUGGGUUCGUUUACAAACUAGAGCCAACGCCAGUUCCUCAAAGUGCCUAUUGCUUCGGUAUUGGAUCUGAAGUCCCACCGCCUGCAUUUGUUGCCAGUACAGUUGGGACGAUUCUGCAAUAUGCAGACAGGGCAUUGUGGUUUCAGUGCAAAUUUGAUCCCGACGAGGAGAAUGACUUCUUUUACCAAGUGCAAUGGACAAUGAUUGAAAGCUCAGAAUACCAUCUGACGAAACAAUACUGCUCAAAAGAAGAUUUUAGCCCAUGCUAUCUCACGCACAACGAUUUGAAGGAAUCGAACGUCGGAAUGGGAGCUAAUAUUUCUUGUGCUGUAAGAGCAUUCAAUGAGCCUGGAGGACAGCCAGGCCAGCUAUCAGCUUUUUCCCGCCCAUACUUUGUUGGAAUUACAGUUUUGACUCCCUCGUUAACACUGCGUCGAGGAGAGACAAAGGCCAUUGAAUUUGAACUAUCAAUACCGGUUGUAUGUGACCAUCCGCCGGGUUUACCAUGCAAACUCACACUGGACUAUUUCACUCCGGACUAUGGUACCUGUCCAGAUGCUGAAGCUAGUUUUCCGGACGGCUGCCGAUUGACGCUGAACAGCAGUGUGACAAAUUCAAGACAUUAUGUAAAUGUUAGUGCAGCAGAGACUGGAAAUUACGGUGUUGCUGGAAAGUUCACACUUCAUUUGCAGGCUUUUCGAGCUAAGGGAAUAAUAUUUCUUUGGAAAACUUACAAGUUACCUUCAAUCAAGGUUGAUGUUCUACCUGAGACUGAUCGAAACUGGCGUGGAAAGAUCUGUUCUGCUAGAAACGAUCCUCAUAUGUACACAUUUGAUGGGAGGGCAUAUGAACAUCAUGCCGACGAAGGUGACUAUACACUCUAUUCGCACCUGAUCUUCAAGGAAGCAGAGAUUCAACACAAAAUAGCCUACUGCACCAAUUCAAACAAUCCCGCCAAGUGCAACUGCGGUCUUGCUGUAAGAGCGGGCCGUGACGUAUACGUGAUCAACGUUUGCAAUGGAUACAUUGAUAUUGGCUACAAACAAUGCUGGGACAAAGCACUUACAGUGAAAAAGGAAAACGAUUUCACAUACACGAUUUAUAUGCCAUACGGAACCGCUGUUUGAGCCAGAAUCGACAACGCUCCUUUUAUGGGCGAAGAGGGAGGAAGGGUUUUGGAUAUUUCAGUCCUUCCCUCAGUGCAAGACAGACAAGGAAAUAGUACAGGACUGUGUGGUUCCCUUAAUGACAACAGUGCUGAUGACUUUGACAAUGAAACGGAAUUCAUAAAAGAUUGGAAAGUUCCUCAAGAUCGGUCUUUGUUUACAACCGAUGUAUAUCAUAGAGAACUGCCACCUUGGGAGUUUCCACUUUGCGUUUGUAAGAAAAAUGGUGGUGCGAAUGCUUACUCUUGUGAAAAGAGCAUUAGCGGAUGUUCAAACGGUAGAACGACUGGAUAUCAUAGUUGUGGUGAAAUAAUGAAUCAGCGAUCAGUUCGAUCUCUUCAUAGACGUCCUAGGAUACCCAUUGUAAAACUACCUAUCCAUAGUCGAGGAAAGAGAGCAUCUACUCAAACGUUCACCCACAAACAGGCAGUGACUGUAUGCGAAGGAAAUUUUGAAAACUCUAGUACAUUUGGACGAUGUAAAAAUCUCCCUUCAACACAUACAAAUAUUUCAAUGGAUAACUGUAUCAAAGAUGUUUUGUUAAUGAACAGCACUGAGUGGGCUUCGAUUGCGAGACAAUCCAUGCAAGAAACCUGUAAAACGGCUGUAAGCAGGAACGAAAGUGUGGUCGAAGAAAUUAUCAAGACAAAGGAGGACGAACUUAAGAAUGCAACAAACAGUGUCAACAAUGCCCAUUUACAAGCAGAAUUGAAUGCAUUAAAAGAAGUACAACAACAUGUCGAGACCGUUAAGCUGCAGUGUAUAAACGAUUGUUCCGGCAAUGGAAAUUGUCACCUUGGUUCAUGUCAAUGUAACAAAGGUUUCGGAGGUAGCGAUUGCUCUCUGGAUCUGAAUAUACCCCCGCUGUUAAGUGGGUUACUUGAUGAAGGCCUUUGUGACGAGGAUAAAAAUGACUGUACCAACAUAUUUGUUUUUGGCGGAAUCUUUUCAGAAGACAAUAUUACAUGCAAGAUGGAUAGAUUUAUUGUCGACAUAAAUGGAACAGAUCAUGACGAUGGUUCGGCUAUUGUCCCAGGGCAAACAGAAAGUAUAAUUGAAACAGUCUGUCCUGUCGGAAUCACUAGAAGAGCUAGGUCAUCGGACGAAGGUCCUCAUAAGUUUAUUCAGGGAAUGAGAGUUUCCGUUAGCAACGACGGGGAAAAUUUCAGCAACGACUCGAAGAUGUUUUACAUUUAUAACUCAAAGUGCCAAGCCUAUAACAGAGAUAAUGGGUCGGAGGUUGAAUUUACGUUUGAGUUGAAGCAAGGGUACUGUUACAUCGCGGGACAAUGCUACUAUAACGGAACGAUACAUUCGAGCCUACAGCUACGAUGUGACCCAACUCUAAGUACAACAGCCUGGACCUUUACCACUGUUUCACCUUCACCAAUCGCCCCAGUAAAAGAUUGUAACGAUUCAAACACAUGUGCGGAUGUGAAUAACACCGUUUGCACAAUGAAAUAUAAAUCGACUGAUUGUGAGUGUGUCAGGGGAUUUGAAACAAACGACAAUGGAACCUGCGUCGCUUCCAAUGACCUUUCCGUCAUGGAAAUUCUUGCAAACGUUCCUGAAAAGUUUGAUAAACACAGAGCGAGCAUAAGGUUAGACUACAAAUUACUGCCCGGGGAAAAUCUUGAUUCCGCGAAAACUUACAAUGCGUAUGAGGACGAACUGACAAUAAAGCUAGAGACUCAGUUUCGACAGAAACUUGGUAUUGGUCUCGAAAAGAUAGUAAUUGUGUCGAUGAGUGAAGGAAGUUUAAUCAUCAAGUUUGUCAUGGUGACGUCAAAAGACGACUUCGUAGAGAAGGCUUUGUCUGUUGCUUUAGUUGAACUAAGCCAAUCCGCCAGUUUUAAGGUCUUUAAUACUCCGGCAAACGUUUUGAGAGUUGGUGUUGGAGACCAAGAUGUCGAUGUGACAAAUAAAAACAGCGCAAUAAACGACUUGAUUUUGUGCUCUGCAUUUACCGCUCUCAAGCCUUGUCAACAUGGUUUUAAAUGUGAGGUCGUGGAUGGUACACCGACAUGCAGUUACUUUUUGUAUUUCAGCAGUUUGAAUUCUUCAUCAGACGAGCUGUUGAAAGGAACAUCUCUGAUUGUUUUGAUUGUAUCGACUUUCGCCGGUGUACUGCUUCUAUUCGUAAUUUUGGUGAUGGCGGUCGUGGUAUGCAAACGGCAGAAUAAGAAAAGACUCACCCAACCUAUCGGAAUGUUGGAGCCAAAACACAAGGACAAUGUGUACCGAGACGUGCAUGAAACUGCGCUGCAAAAACUGAAGCAAAAGCAUGAAACCAGUAGAAUCCCGCGACCGAUGUUGUCUGGUCCCCAGCUUGCUUUUGAGAAAGGCAUUAAGGAUAGGCCGCAUACUUACGAGGGGACCGUGUACAAUAGAUCAAAUCAUGCAACCGACGGUGAUAGGUACGAGUACCUCCCUGUGGACGAUCGUGGAUCUUACUACAACCAAGGAUUUCGUAACUAAGACAAUACAAGGAUCUUACUACAACGAAAGAUUUCGUAACUAGGACAAGACUUGGACUUUGAAAUACCCGUUUUGUUUAUGGACCUCUGUUUUAGAUACUAUAGAUUUGAACUGCUUUGCAAACUUCUAACUUGUCUAUAACUUUUGAUAUAUGAUCUUUUAUUUCGUAGAAGUCUGUUCAUACAAUGUGA